AUGAAUCUCGACUAUAACUGCAUAAAAAAAGAUAAAGACCAACAUCAUGCAGAUUUUUUUCACUCAAAUCCAUCUAAGGAUGAUAAAACAAGCGAACUCUUUAAAGAAAACUUCAAAAACUCACUAGGAUAUCGAAAUUCUGUCAAAAUUAAAACUGAUUUAUCAAUAUUUUUCAGCAAAAAUCGCAAAUCUUCUUCUCCUUUUGAAGUUGAUAGCAUAAAUCUUAAAGAAAUCGAAUUAUUAAGAAAAGCAGGCUUUAAUGACUUCUCCAAUUUAGACAGAACUUGGAUAAAUGAUUCAAGCCACUUAAACUAUAGAGAAAACUCUCAUAAAUACUUUAAAAAAAUUAAUCCUCAAUCUGAAUAUUUAGAGCCCUAUCCCACUUAUAGAUCGCUCUGGGUUACCAGCUGCCGGUCAAGCUCAUGAUUUAAUUUUGUAUCGUAACUCAGUUUAGAUAUGGGCUUGAGCCGAAAAUCCUAUCCCGGGGCGAGUUAUAAGUGUCAUUAGCUUAUAUCAAAUUUUCCGAAAGAGGGUAAAAUUAGAAAAUAUGAGAGUUCACAAAAUUUUGGAGAUGAAAUAUAA